GACCUACGUCCAGUUAGCAGUCGCAUAUCAGUCAUUGGGUAGAUUACUCGCGUCCUAUACAACUGUACUUGUUAACCGCAAUGUUCCUUCGGAAGUGACAAUAUUAGUUUGAAGUGACCUUAAAUUUAUUGAAAAUGCUUGCGGACGGUGAAAUAGUUGGUGACGGAUCAUGGAACCUCACGAUUUACGUGACGGACUUGAACGAGAAACGCACGAUGGUUGUAAAAGGAGAUAUGCAUAUCGGCGGGGUUAUGCUAAAACUGACCGAAAGCUUUGGUAAAGAAUUCAAGAAAGACUGGUCAGACCACGCUCUGUGGUGGCCGACUCGCAACAAAUGGCUAUCAAGACCGAAACAUACAUUGGACCAGUACGGUGUCCAUGCUGAUGCCGCACUCCACUUCACGCCCAUGCACAAACCACUCAGGAUCCAACUACCAGACCUGAGAUACAUCGAUUGCAAAAUAGAUUUCUCCAUAGACACGUUCAGUGCUGUUAUACAACUUUGCAAAAGUCUUGGUAUACGUCAUCCGGAAGAACUGUCUCUAUGUUAUCCCCUCGAACAGUCCCACUUGAAACAGAAUUAUCAGAACUUGAAGGAAGCUAAGAGAAUUAAGGGCACUCAGCCGCCAGACACUAAUACUUUUAUAGCGGCUACGAGAGGCUCUUCAAACAGCUUAGACAGAUCAUUGGCUUGUCCGGCCACUCCGCCUCCGCCGCGAUCUUUGUCAGCUACACCUGUUGCCUCCCAACAGAAUGGCACAUUGCGUCGCUACGGUGGUCAUAUAUACAGCACACAGAGCGAUGGCUCAAGUGAUGGUGGAUACUGCGGGACUCCACCCCGCGCUGCCUCCAUGGACGCCCUAGAUUCCCUCUCGGAACUCUCCCUGGCAGAUUCACCCUUGGAACCUGACAGCCAGUCAAAGGAAUCCCUCAUCACACCCAAAUCCCUCAUGGAACGUGCCCGAAUGAAUGUUGGGUGGUUGGAUUCGUCUCUGUCUAUAAUGGAGCAAUACGUCCGGGAAUGGGACACUCUUCAGCUUCGUUUCAAGUUCUAUUCUUUCUUCGAGCUGUCAGCCCGGGCUCAAGACGCCGCUCGCCUCAACCAGCUCUACCAACAAGCUCGCUGGCAGAUCCUCAACCAGGAGGUCCACUGCACUGAAGAGGAGAUGCUUCUAUUUGCAGCCCUUCAGCUUCAAAUCGAGCUGCAGACUUUAGCCGGUGGUGGAGUGAACGCUAACGAUGGUUCCCAAGAUGUAUCAAACGCCCCCGAAGACGACAUAGACGCCGCUCUCAGUGAACUCCAAGUGCAAUUAGAGGGUGGCCCACCAGCUCGACCAGAUAUCACACACGUACCUGAACUGGCGGGUUACUUGAAAUACAGAGGGGCGUGUCACAGCGAUAGCUGUAUGGUCUCCCGUCAGCGUUUCACACUACGGGCGUACAAACGCGGCUGGGUGUCGUGCAGAGACGGCGUGUUGAGGGUACAUUCGUCGCAGGAGGCCGCCGGUAGAGGGGACCCGCCCUCCUACGCCGUGGAGCUCCGGGGCGCUGAGGUAACACCGGACGCGCACCCCGCAUCCGGCCGCUACGGAAUCAAACUCGAGAUACCAUCUGAAGACACUAUGCACGAGAUGUGGCUUAAAUGCGAAACUGAGGAUCAAUACGCCGAGUGGGUGGCGGCGUGUCGUCUCGGUUCUCGCGGCAGGUCGCUGGCUGAUUCUUCUUUCGCCAGCGAGGCUGCCGCUGUAAGGUCUCUGUUGGCCCUCCAAAGACCCCAGCCGGCCGCCGCCCUCAACCAACACAGCCUGCCGCAUCUGGACCACUUGCAACCAGAGAACUACCUGGCCGGCAGGUUCCUUAAGAAACUCAAAGGAAAGUUCACCCAACGAGUGCUGGAGAGUCAUGCGAAUGUGAAAGACCUGUCACUUCUGGAAGCUAAACUGCAGUACAUCAAGACCUGGCAGAAUCUCCCGGACUACGGCCAGACGCUGUUCGUGGUUAGAUUCAUGGGCCACCGUAAAGACGAGAUAAUUUCCAUCGCGAACAAUCGCAUCAUGCGUCUAGACCCGAGCACCGGAGAUCAUAUUAAGACAUGGAGAUAUAGCACCAUGAAGGCUUGGAACGUUAAUUGGGAGAUAAAGCACAUGAUGGUGCAAUUUGAGGAGGGCAACAUUAUAUUCUCCGUACAGUCAGCUGAUUGCAAGGUCGUGCACGAGUUCAUAGGUGGUUACAUCUUCCUUUCCAUGAGGUCAAAGGACGCGAAUCAGACCCUCGACGAGGAACUCUUCCACAAACUCACCGGCGGUUGGACAUAAAAAUAUAAUGAAAAAAAUCAACAUUUUAAUAAUAACUCUGUAUACAUACUUUAUACCACUGCUUUACACAGAGCACAAUAAUAUUGAAGGUCGUCACAGACGGUGACAGAUUAUGAGAUAUGGUAUUUCUUCUUUGUUUAUUGAAUACAAAUAUUUUUUUAUUUAUAGAUUUUAUUAGAUUUAAUGCAGUACUAUUUCUAUUACAUGAUUUCAAUUGUUUUAUUAUUACCAAUGCGUUUAUGUCGUGUAGGAUAUCGUGUGUGAGCAAAACAAGUCCGCUAUACUGUGGAAAGACUGGUAAAACGCCUUAUUAACUAUAAAAAUGAAUGUCUCUAACAGCAAUAUGUAUAUGACAAAUGUAUUUUUACAUUAUGAAAUAUAUUUUUUAAAAAUGGAAUGCUUAUACAAAUACAACAGACAGUUGAACUGAACGAGCUCCUCAUGAUUUAGUACGACUGCCACAUGACUUUAGUCCUGUAAGAGAUAAAUACAGUGCCAUUACAAUAUAACAUGGUGCUUCAUAUAAUAUAUAGAGUAAUCAAUGCGAGUGGCCUUAAUGUUAAUACAUAUUAAUAAUCGCUUCUAUUAAGUUUUACUCAUUGUAAAUAACAUAACCUAGCUUAACAUCAACGUCGGUUAACUUCGUUUUUAGACGACAUAAUUUGAAUAAUUACAUGAAAAUGUGUAUCUUAUCAUAUGCAAAGAUUUAUUUUAUUGAUUGUUGACCGCUAGUCUCAUUGAAAUCGCAUAUAAUGCUAUCAUAACGUAACAAGUUAAUUUAAAUAUUAACAGAACAUACUUUAAUAAUAAUGUACAAAUGUAUGUACACAAACAAUUAGUAUGUUUGUAAAUGAACGUCUAAAUAGAUGUAAAUUAAUAAAUAACAAA